AUGAGAGUAUUCAGACGACUGUUGUUUAAUAACAAUAAGUUGAUCAAAUAUAGGGAAAAUGAUUCGAGUUUUCAUCAUGAGUAUUCUAUAAGACCCGACACUUUUGCGUUCAAGAUUUCAAAUUCGUCUUCAACUUCACCAUUUCAAAAGACUGAAAAUUUCAACUUGAUAGAUUAUGUCUAUAGAAAUUCUACUAAUUAUCCCUUCGAUAAGAUGACUCCUAAGGAAGUUUUCAAUACUUAUCCCAUGAUAAAUUCCAAAAAAUUGUCUAGGAACGGAACUAGGCCGAGAAAAGUGAAAAUGGCAGUAUCUGAUUUCAUUGAAGAUAGUUUAUAUAAUCCUAAAUAUGGGUAUUUUUCUAUGGAAGUUGAAAUUUUCAACAAUGAUAAGCCAUUUGAUUAUAACAAUAUCAAAGAUGUUGAUGACUUCUUGGAUACUUGGCAAAAAGCUUAUGUCAAGUAUGAUAAUGAACAAAUAGCUCCUCAAAGAAAGGAAUUAAUAGCUGCUGAUAGUGUUAACUAUGGAGAUCCAAAAUCUAAAUUCGCUACUAAUUCUUUGAGGUUGUAUAAUGAAGAGAAGAAAAAUACUAAUCCUACCACCAAGAAUAAGAGAUCUUUGCAAUUAUGGCACACCCCAACGGAAUUAUUUCAACCUUUUUAUGGGGAAGCUAUUGCCAGAAAUAUCUUAGAAAAGUUCAAAGCUGGAAAUGAAGAUGAAUUGAUUAUUUAUGAAAUGGGUGGAGGAAAUGGUACUUUAAUGACCAAUAUCUUGAAAUUCUUGAAAAUCAAUGAACCAAAAAUUUAUGCUAAAACUCAUUAUAAGAUCAUUGAAAUCUCCAGUCAAUUGGCUUUGAAACAAUAUAACCAAGCUUUAAGAGAAAAAUUGGUAUCUCAAGGUUUAGAUGUACUGAAGUUCCAAAUCGUCAACAAAUCCAUCUUUGAAUGGAAAGAAGUGGAAGAAAAACCUUGUUUCUUCAUUGCUUUAGAAGUUUUUGAUAAUUUCAGUCAUGAUUUGAUAAGAUAUGAUAACAAGACCGGUGAACCUUAUUUGGGACAUGUUCUUGUUGAUGAUAAAGGUGAUUUUUAUGAAUUCUUCACCCCUCAGUUGAAUUACUAUUCUGAUGUUUUCUUACAAUUGAGAGAAAAUGGUCCUCAUAGUCAACUUAAGACCAAUUAUUGGCAAAAAUUCAAAAGUUUGAUACCUUUCUUUAAUAAAGAUUCAAUCCACCCAUUAGACCAAUCAACUUCAAAGUUAAUAUGGCAAAAUACUUUAUUUCCUUUUAAAGAUAACUUAUCCCCAGGAGAAUUCAUUCCAACUAGAUUGACAGAAUUCUUCCAUAUCUUGAAACAUAAAUUCCCCCAGCAUCAUUUGAUAUCUUCAGAUUUCAAUGCUUUACCAAAUGCCAUACCUGGUUAUUAUAAUGGGCCAGUGGUGCAAACUGUAGUUAAAGAUAAAAUGGUAGAUAUAACUUCUUAUAUGUGCCACCAAGGAUUCUUCGAUAUAAUGUUUCCAACCAAUUUUCAAUUGAUGAGUACCAUAUAUGAACAAAUUGUGGGUAAACAAGUAGUAGUGGAACUGCAUAAACAGUAUUUACAAACCUGGGGUGAUAUCAAAGCCACUACCACCAAAAGAGGUGAAAACCCCAUGUUGGAAUUUUAUACCAACGUGAGUUUUAUGAAUACGAAAUAA